AGUAACACUUCAUCCGGUUGUCAAUUUCAUGUGUGAAUUCUUGGGCUUCUGUUUUCAAUGGUUUUACUAAGAAAGCUUCCAUGGAAUUUUCUUGGCUCAUGGACAAGACAAUGUGCACAUCCUUGCCGGAUGAUUCACACGGACUUUGUGUACAUGAAGCGACGAAAGACGGCAGAGGAGAGAAAAGCCCAGAGAAUCAUCGAAUAUUCGCCAAAGAAGAGCAACAAGAUCGUUCUGGAUGGAACUGUGGAUGUCUGGAGGAACAUGACAGUGGCAGAGUUGGCUAAUUCUGCGGAGAAGUCACUGGAACACAUUCAGGAGGUGAUGCUGUACGUUCCAGGCGUUGACGAUCUGGAUUCCGUCACGAGACUUCACGACAUGAAAGUGAUCAAGAACAUUGUGGAGAAGUGCGGCAUGAAGAUGAAGAUUGUGGCUCCUCCGAGCAGUGCUGAAGUGAUUGUCAAGGACAAGGAUGUGUUUCCUCGGCCACCAGCGGCGCCUGAAGACAUGGAAACGCGACAUCCCAUCGUGACUGUCAUGGGUCACGUGGAUCACGGCAAAACCACGCUGCUGGACACACUGAGAGGCGCCUCUGUGGCCGCUGGAGAGGCUGGCGGGAUUACGCAGCACAUCGGAGCGUUUACAGUGGAUCUGGAGAGUGGCGAGAAGGUGACGUUUCUCGACACGCCCGGACACGCUGCCUUCAGCGCGAUGCGCGCUCGCGGGGCGAAUUGCACAGACAUCAUCGUGCUGGUGGUGGCUGGUGAAGAUGGAGUGAUGCAGCAGACGAGGGAAGUGGUUAGUUUGGCUCAGGAGGCAAAAGUUCCCAUGAUUAUUGCCAUCAAUAAGAUCGACAAGCCGGAGGCGAAUGUGGAGCGCACGAAGCAGGGACUAAUGCAGCUGGGAUUGGGACUGGAGGGACACGGAGGUGACAUUCAAGUGGUGCCGAUAUCGGCACUGAAAGGCACGAAUCUCACAGAACUCACGGAAACCAUAAGUGCUCAGGCCACAAUGAUGGGCAUCAAGGCGGACUUCAAGGGCUUCGUGGAGGGCAUCGUGAUUGAGUCGCGUGUGGAUAAAUAUCGUGGCAAACUCUCAACGACAAUCGUGACACGCGGAACUCUGCGCAAGGGUGCGAUUCUGGUCAGUGGAGUGGCAUUUGCCAAAGUCCGCGGGCUGAUUGAUCACACAGGAAAGCCACUGGAGAGUGCGACUCCCGGGACGCCAGUGGAGAUUCUCGGCUGGCGAGAGCUGCCGCUGGCGGGAGAGCAAGUGCUGGAGGUGGAGAAUGAGCAGAAAGCCAACUCUGUGAUACGAUUCCGGAAGGGGAAGGAGAUGAGUGACAAGAUAGAAAAUGAUCGUGAGGCGAUUCUGAAGAAGGAACUAGAACACCUGGAAAAAUACAGAGCUGAGCGCGAUGCGAGGCGAAAGAAGGGCUUCUUCAAGUCUCGACCGGAUGGUCCGCGGCAGAAGGAGAUUCAGGAUGAUCCCACGCCUCGGGUUAAUAUGAUUCUCAAGGGAGAUGUUCACGGAUCUGUCGAGGCGAUCCUCAAUGUGUUGGAUACUUAUGAUGACUUUGAAAACUGUCGUCUCAACAUUGUACAUUAUGGAGUGGGAAAUGUGUCCGAAGGGGAUGUGGAGUUGGCCAAGACAUUCAAUGCCAUUAUCUAUGCCUUCUCUGUGGACUCUUCAGUUGCUGUCAAGAGUCGCGCAUCUGUGCGGGAUUUCAAUGUGAUCUAUCACUUGAUAAAUGACCUGAAGGAGGAGAUCAGCAGUAAAUUGCCAGUUUUGCAAGUGGAGGAAAUCGUUGGGGAGGCGAAUAUUCUGCAAAUCUUCAAGAUCACUGAAGGGAGGAAGGAAGUGACAGUGCUAGGAUGUCGAUGCACCAAAGGAGUUCUCAGGAAGAAAUUCCAGUACAAAAUACUGCGACAAAAUGAGAUCAUCUACACAGGCGGAUUGGAUUCAAUGAGGCAUCUGAAGAAUGAAGUGGAUUCAAUCAAGACCGACACGGAGUGUGGAUUGAAGCCCAAGGAUUUGGCGUGCGAAGUGAAGCCUGGCGAUGUGAUUCAGUGCUUUACACUCAACGACAAGACUCAGACAACAUCCUGGGAUCCUGGAUUCUGAGCAGCGCUCUUUUGUGAUCUCUAGUCAAUAGUUUAGAAGAGUGAGUAGAAUGGCAGAGAGAGAUUCUCGCGGAGGAGAGAAUAUCAUGCCAACUACAUUUUGAAAUUGUGUCAGGGAAGAGGAGAGCGGAGAGUCUCAU